AUGCUCAUCGUAGCCACCACCGUCUUCCUCUACUACACCAUCUGGACUCUGCUUAUGCCCUUUGUGGACUCGUCGCAUCCCUCUCAAUCGCUCUUCCCUCCUCGUGUCUGGGCAAUUCGUCUUCCUGUCAUCCUGAUCUUGGUCGGAGGCGCUGUCGUUGGCUCGUUCCUAUCCCUCAUCAUGAUCAAGAGCAACCGUCAAAAGGCCCUCAAGGCUCAGAAAGCAAAGGCAAAGUAG